AUGGCACAACAAGUUACUAACACUGCUGCACGGGAGGAAGCUGAUGCUCAACGUGCUGCUACUGCGGUUUUGGUGGCUGCCCAGAACCAAGCUGAAGAGAAUACUCGCCGUGUUCAGCGUGAGGAACGUGAACUAGCUUCUGCUCAGACCAGGGGUCUGAAUGAUUUCAAGCCUGAGUAUUGGUGGCGUGGGGCUAGAGCUAUGUUGGAGGCUGACCAACAAGCCAUCACUUGGGAGUGUUUUCGUAGAGCUUUUCUGGACAAGUACUUUCCUGUUAGUGCCAGAGCUGCUAAGGAGGCACAGUUUCUGAGGCUCCGUCAGGGGGGCAUGACCGUUGCUGAGUAUGCUGCAAAAUUGGAGUCGUUGGCGAAACAUUUUCGCUACUUUAGAGGACAGAUAAAUGAAGGCUAUAUGUGUGAGCGCUUCAUUGAUGGGCUGAGUUAUGAGCUGCAGAGGGCGGGUAGAGGGACAGCUUCUGGUUCCUUUUAUCCUACGGGUGGGAAUGCUGUUGCACCAAGACCUCUAGCAGUGAGUUUAGAGGGUGUGACUUGCUUCAAGUGCAACAAGAAGGGGCAUUAUGCUAACAACUGUAAUGAGAUGGUGUGUUGGAACUGCAACAAGUUAGGCCAUCAUUCUAGGGAUUGCCAGGCUCCUAAAGUUGAGGCUGCUGUGAAUGUUGCUGGGGCGAGGAGGCCUACUGCUGGUGGAAGAGUCUACUCGAUUACUGGAACUGAAGCUGAUGAAGACGAUGGUUUAAUCCGCAGUACCUGCGAGAUUGCGGAAAAUUAG